AUGUUUGCAUUUGGUCAAAUGCAGUCUGGUGCAAUGCCAUCAUACGAAGUACGAGGAUUUCACGUUUUCUUUGGUACAAAAAUUGUUCCUCAAGCUAAAUGGAUAGGAUUCAAAGAUUUAGGACAAGGUUACGGAGCAGACAAUGACCAUGUCUUCUUUUGUGAGCAGAUUGUUCAAGGGGCAAAACCAUUAUUUUUCGAAAUGCUUACAAAUGGGUAUGCCAAUGAUCAUGAUUAUGUUUAUCAAUACGGACGAAUCAUUCCCGGUGUUAAACCUUUUGGUUUUGAAGCGCCAUAG